AUGACAACCUCCUUCGCGACCGUCGCUGGAUUGGGUGGCGCAUCACUGUCCUCCGCCUCAUCUCGUCUCACUUCCGGGUUCGUGAGACCGGCGGUGAGUGCUAGGAAUCCCUUGAGGCAAGGUGUGGCAAUGGGAAAUGGUGGGAGGGUUACAUGCUUCGAGAGGAAUUGGCUGCGGGCAGAUUACAGUGUGAUCGGGUUUGGGUUGAUCGGAUGGUUAGCACCUUCCAGCAUACCGGCUAUCGACGGUAAAAGUCUGACCGGCCUCUUCUUUGAGAGCAUUGGAGCUGAGCUUGCUCACUUCCCCACUCCUCCUGCUCUUACUUCCCAGUUUUGGUUAUGGCUGGUUACGUGGCACUUAGGAUUGUUCCUGUGUCUCACUUUUGGGCAAAUUGGUUUCAAGGGAAGGACUGAAGACUACUUUUGA